UAUAUAAUUUAUAUUCAUCAAAAUAAAUUAUGAGAAAUUGAGAGCUUUGUUCUUCUCCAGGAAGAGGUCCAGCUCAUCCCGGUUAGAUCGGAUCUAUUGUUCAGCCACUUUUCUUUUCUUCCUUUAAUUUCAUCUGACGCCACUAGUUUUUCCCUUUCUAUCAUCCCAAGUUUUUUUUUCCUUUUUUAUUUUUAUUUUAAUUAUAUAUAAAUAAAUAAAAUAAAAUAAAAAAUAAAUAAAAAGACCCAUGUUUUAUUCAUCAUCAAAAUCCAUUGUCUGACCAAGAAAAAAACAAACCGAAACGAACAAAAACAGAAAAACCAAAAAAAAAAAAUAAAUUAAAAAAACAAAAAAUUCUUUGUUCUAUUACUACACACCUCUCUUUUAAGAUUUUCUUUUGUAUAUGCCUGAGAUUGAGGUUGAGGUUGAGUCAGAGCCAUUUUUGGUUGUUGGGUAAGUUCUUAUAGCUAAAAAGAAAGUAUUUUUAUUAACAAUGGGGAACGUGACGGCCGGUGUGGCUGCGAAAUUCGCCUUCUUUCCGCCGGACCCGGCGACGUACGAUGUUUUCCGGGAAGAGGAUGGAAGAUUGGUGUUUUCCGGUGUGACCGCGGAUAAGAACGUGGACGUCCAUUUGGUUGAGACGAAAGGCGGGAAUAAGAUUGUUGCUACUUUCUGGAAACACCCAUUUGCAAGGUUUACUCUUCUUUACUCCCAUGGCAACGCCGCUGACUUGGGUCAGAUGCAUGAGCUUUUCAUCGAGCUCAGGGCUCACCUUCGUGUCAACAUUAUGAGUUAUGAUUAUUCAGGAUAUGGAGCAUCCACUGGCAAGCCGUCCGAGUUCAAUACUUACUAUGACAUAGAAGCUGUGUAUAACUGUUUGAAGAAUGAAUAUGGUGUUAGGCAAGAGGAUUUGAUUUUGUAUGGUCAAUCUGUUGGAAGCGGACCGACCCUGCACUUGGCUUCUCGGUUACAGAAGUUGAGAGGGGUAGUUCUUCAUAGCGCAAUCCUUUCGGGUAUUCGAGUCUUGUAUCCUGUCAAAAUGACAUUCUGGUUCGACAUUUUCAAAAACAUAGACAAAAUACCAAAAGUCAACUGCCCAGUUUUAGUUAUACAUGGGACGAAUGAUGACAUUGUCGAUUGGUCCCACGGAAAGCGUUUAUGGGAACUGUCUAAGGAAAAAUAUGACCCCUUAUGGGUUAAGGGUGGUGGUCACUGCAACCUUGAAACUUAUCCAGAGUACAUUAAGCACUUGCGCAAGUUCAUAAACGCAAUGGAGAAGCACAACUUGACAAAGCAAACAAAGAAACAACUCACUACUAACACAAGUAUCACAGAAGUCAAACAUAACAAGUGCUUAAGAUUUGGGAAAAGAUAGCCGUCUCUGAUUGAUUGAUUGAUUGAUUGAUUGUUUUUUUCUUUCGUUGUUCUUCUCCUCGUCUCGUCUUUAGGGAAUUAGACGACCGAAAUGGAGCUCUUCAGCCAUAACUAUUGCUUGCCAUAUCAUGAUAAUGUAAUCUUAAGUCUUUGGCAGCUAAGCUAGUUAGGUGGCUUGGUAAUAUUUUCUGAAGAUCAAGAAUUAAUAAGGACCAUAUAUGUGGGAGCUUGUUUGAUCUGGAUCUGAUUCUGAAGACCAUUUUUAAGGUAGGAAUUUAAUGCAGUUACCAGUACAAUGCACAUGGCAGUAGUGUGUUCCUACUAUUCUUCCUUCCUCAUCUGGGUUUCAUGUAUAAUUAUUGCUCAGCCUUGUGUAAAACUUUUCAGCUUAAUUUAGAAAAAAUUACAAAAAAAAAAAAAAAAAAAAAAGUAAUAUUGGGUUGCCUUUCUUUUCACUUUUAUAAA